AUGGAACUGUCUCAAAUCGACUCGCCUGGAACCGUUCGAAGAUACGCAGACAGACGAAAGAAAGAUAAAUUGCAGAGAUGUAGAUCGGUCGGAAACGUGGCAUUUCCGAAUGGUUUAAACCUUUACAAUCACGCCUAUCACAAUAAAAGGAGGCAUACAGUACCCACAGAACAAGAGAGGACACCACCAGCUAUUGUCAUCGAUUGUGCAAAAGACGAACCACAGGAUAAACUGAACGAACUCGACAUGCUAAAUAACAAUUACGAUGAAGGUCUCUUAAAUCCUUCAUACGUUUUAGACGCCGCUGUAGCGAGGAAUGACUCUCGCCUGCUUCAUGGAAUUUUAAGCGCUGGACACAUUAUGUUGGACAAUUUAAACGCCAGCGGAGGGACUGCAAUGCACGAAGCUGCAUUUCAAGGUAAAGUGAAAUGUUUGGAAGUGUUUCUGAAGUUUGGCGCUUCGGUAGACAUAAGAGAUAAAGAGGGAUGGACGCCUCUUCACGCCGCUGUCUGCGGAGGUGAUAUUAGAGCUGUAAUUUUCCUUAUUAGGAAUGGAGCGAGCGUAAAAGCUUACACGAGGGAAGGACUUACACCUGUUGAAAUCGCAAUGGACAACAAGGACAAGAAAAUGGUCCAAGCGCUUUCUCUUCUUAGCACGGGAAACAAGCGCGUUCGAAUGUUUGCACAAGAAGCAUGA